GACGGUGCGAUGAAUUAAACUGCAAAAACAACAAAAAAAAAUUUAUAUAUGUAUACUGAAAGCAAAACUAAUAUACCGACGCCACCGGUCGAUUACGUAUGUAUAUAGACGACGCCGAGCACAUUUUCUGUAUUUUUAAACAUUCCGCCGCGACUAUAUUAAAUGAGCCUUUUGCCAAAAAGUUUUACACGAUCACCGACUGUGCCAGAGAAAGCUUCAAGCAUUUUUUCCAUUCCUUUCUCGAGAAACGAAAAAGUUUCCAAAAGUGAAGAGUGAGUUUCGGAGUGACAGUGGUUAAGAUUUUCUUGGAUACAAACAUGUCUGCCUGUGUCAACGAAAGAAGAGACUCCCCCCUUAAGAACCGAGUUGCUUUGUUCAACACCUUCGCCGAUAAUCAUACAAAGAAACAAGCGGUCAAUCCGUUUUCUAAUGAUAAAUGCGUGUCCAACUUGCCCAAGCCGAAGAUUUCCAAGGAAGACUAUGGGAGGCCAGCAAAGGGUUCUUUAUCAGAGCAAAGGUCUUUUAAGGCAACUAUCCAGGUGUGCAAGGAGAUGCUGCAGCUGUGCGAAGUGAUUAAUCAGUGUGGUGAGCCCCUGUUUGAGCCCCACGAGAAGCAAGAUGAUCCUCGGAAAGUUAUCAGUUUUGGAAACCUUUUCACCAUUUACACAGGCAUCUCUGAUAAGGUGGUUGGCAUGCUUAUUAGAGCAAGGAAACAUAAGUUGGUUGAUUUUGAAGGUGAAUGCCUUUUUCAGAGACGGGAUGACCACGUGCCAAUCAUCCUCCUGAAAUCUUACAAAGACAUCGAGAGAAUCCUAAUGGAGAAAAUCGAGCAAGCAGCCUCACAACUGAGAGAAAGCAUAGCCUUGUAUGGAGAACUGGACACUGGCAAUUAUAUUUAACAAUUAGCACAGUAUUAAUUAAUUAAUUGAAUUGAGGACCACGCACCGAAAUAGGGGCGUGCGUAUCAUACGCACGCCACUGUUUUUAUUUUUGUUAUUAACACGGUUUUUUGUGCACUUAUCCAAAAGAGUAUUCCACGAUUACGCACAAGAUUGUAUUGUUCUUAGAACACUCACUUAGUCACUAAAAUUAAAAGCAGGAGGUGCGCCGGGUGGUUUCCUUGGGACACCCGGUAUAGAUUCAACGGUGAUAUUUGCUAGCAUAUAGGAAUUACCAAAAAAUAGUAUUAGAAAGGGUGUAUGUAGGUUUAAGGAACCAUGGUGUAAAUAAUUGCUGUUGACGCGGAUAUUUUUAUUGUAGCGAGCUAUUUUGUAUUAUGUAUACUAAUAAGAACGUUCUUUGUUGUUAAAAAAAAACACCGUAAUAAAAACUUUGAUGCAUCGUAA